AAAGCGUAUGAGUCCGAAGACAGAAUUGAUGAUACUAUUCGAAGUAAGCUUUUUCUACCACACUUGAUAAAAUUCAGCGAAACCCAGCAGAUUACCUAUGAAGAAAUUCAAGAAGAAACGAGUUUUAUGAUUACAGCAGCAAGCGAAACGACAGCAGUCACAGUCAACACUGUAUUAACGAUGUUAGGAAUCUAUCCAGACAUUCAAGAAAAAGUUUACCAGGAACUCGUUUCAGUUCUGCCACUCAUAGAAAAAGAUCCGACUUUGGAAGAUAUCAGUCGUCUGGAUUAUCUAGACCGCGUGAUAAAAGAAACUUUGAGAUUAUAUCCUGCAGUUCCUAUCACUUUGCGAUACGCCGACGAAGACAUUAAUUGCGAUCCUUAUGUUUUCCCUGCCGGGUCUAACCUCAUUAUUCCUAUAGUACUAUUGCACAAGGAUCCGGAUGUGUGGCCUGAACCGGAAAAAUUUGAUCCAGAUCGGUUUCUCCCGGAUGAAGUUGCAAAAAGGCAUCGUUGUUCUUACAUUCCUUUCAGUUUUGGUGCCAGAAAUUGUAUAGGUUUCAGGUAUGGGAUGAUGUCGGUAACAGCAAUGCUUGCGACGAUCCUGAGACGCUUCAAGGUACAAACUCCUGAUUUGAAGUCAUUGAAGGACAUUGAGUGGGAGUAUCUCAUCAUCCUGAAGCCAAAAUAUAGUCGUUUUCUUUUCGAGAAAAGAACAUGUUGAUAUCGUAGUUUUCCAAAAAAGCGGGGUUAUUUAGUGUAUGAAUUUUCAGGAAAUAAGAACGGUUUUU